GGGAAAUUUUCGAGCAACUUUUCUGUUUUCACCUGUUGAAAAAUUUGCGCUAUUUUCUCAGUUUUUCGUCAUUUAACGAUGGAAAAAAUUCAGGAAAACAAGUAACACCCUAGAUAGUGGUGAUCAACGACAUGGUGGAUUCAGAAGAUAAACAGUCCACCACAACUGGAUAUUUCCAUGUAUGGAAUACCACAACCAAGGUUGAUACCUUACGCAUUUGAUGCAAGAUGUUCUCACUGAGAAUCGUCACCACAGACCACUACCUAGCAAACCCGCUUCGCAACCUUGAUGUCUGCUUCUCAGAUUUCCGAGGGACCGAGGUUAAGAAGGUCCCGGUGUUUAGGAUCUAUGGCUCAACUCCUGCAGGCCAGAAGACAUGUAUGCACGUGCACGGUGUGUUUCCAUAUCUGUUCGUACCCUACGAUGGCACCAAACCAUCAGACAAGUAUAUCAAACAGUUCGCAUCCAGCAUUGAUAAGGCCCUAAAUGUUGCCUUAGGGAACGCUGCAUCCACGUCACAACAUGUCUACAAGAUCUCAUUGGUAUCGGGCAUCCCUUUCUAUGGAUACCAUCCCAAAGACCAGCAGUUCCUCAAGAUAUAUGUCUACAACCCUGCAAUGGUUAAAAAGGUGGCUGAUCUGCUUCUUGGGGGUGCCGUGAUGAACAAAGUUUUCCAGCCACACGAAGCACAUGUUCCUUACUCAUUGCAACUGUUUAUGGAUUACAACCUCUAUGGUAUGAAUAUGAUCAAUGUUGCGGCGGCUAAAUUCCGACGGCCAAGAGAAGAAAAAUCACAAUUGUAUCGUCAUAGCCACAGGUCGAGUCUAAGUGCCAGUACGCCAGGCACCCCUGCCACUCCGGGGUCGAUGACGUCACCAGGAACACCGGGGUCCAUCAUGUCACCAGGAACACCAUCGACGGUGCUGUCGAUUGCCGAGAUGCACAACAGGAGUUAUCAGAUGUGUCGCUGGGACCAGGAGAAUAUUCCAAGUAAAAUGUUGCUGGGUGCUGAGGUAGAGAGGUUGAGUACAUGUGAGCUGGAGGUAGAUGUGGUUGCUGCUGAUAUAUUGAACAGGUUGGAGAUUGAGGGGAGUACCGGUGCUAACCCUGGAUUAAUGGCGCUCUGGGAGGAUGAGAAAGAACGAAGACGAGAGAAAGGACAGUCAUCGCAGAUAGAAACUCCACAGUCACAAGAACGAGGUACACUUGCUGAUGCAACGAGUGAGCAGCGAUGGAAGGACCGGCUGCAAGAGAUUAUCUUGGAACAGCAGCAACAGUUACCAUCGGAAAUUGAGAAAAUGUGGGCUGAUGAGUUAGAAAGUGUGCGGAGAUCGAGCAUGUCAAGUUCCCAGGGGCCUACUUUGAGUAAAGGACGAGGAAAGAAAAGUCGUGCUAGGGCAACUGUGACACGUGGCAACUCAGUUGAGUCACCUCCUUCUCAAAGAGAUAGUGAUGACAGCCAGGCAUCGGAUCACACCACAAUCGUUGAUGAUUCGUUCCCGGUGGUAGAUGUUGAAUCCGUCCAUCGGGUAGUUUCGCAGAGUCAGAGUUUCCAUUCGUCACAGAACACCAACUCGCAGCCAAUCAUGGACAGCCAGGACAAGGCCCUAGCUGAACUCCUCGCCUGUUUGACCGAGGCACCACCUGACAGCCCUGAAAUGGCCGCUAAUGCCCUGUCACAGGUCUCGGCUCUGGCGGAACAGGACAGCAUCCUUGGCAGCAACCCGACUGCUGAUGAUAAAGAGGACGAGAUGAUCUCUGAGGAAAUGUCGCAGCAUCUUUGGUCCGAUGAUCAAGAUGGGCAACAAGAUCAGAAUAGAGGAGGAAGCAAAAGUCCUGAUCUCGAGGAUGAGCUGCUGGGUAUGGACCAGUCAUGGAGCGGCUCACAGUGGCUUGACAUCGACUCAGUUCCACAGUUCGACGGUGCAGGUGAUGAAAACACAGAAAAAUCAGCAGCUGCGAAGAAACGUCUUGGUAUUCGAGGACCAGUGCUUCCAAUGGAGACGCCACCUGCCAUACCCCACAGCAUAACACCGCAACGCCAAGUCACAUCGUCAGAUUUCCGGCUAAUCGACCAGCUGCCAGUCUAUGCUCCUGGGCCGGAUUUAUCGGGAUGGCCAGCAUCUCCGUUUGGUUUAUCAGAGUCGAAGAAUUCGGCAGAUAUUUCAAAGACUGUUAAGGAUGGAAAUUUAUGCAUAAAUGUGGAUCAUGCGAGUGAUAAAUAUGGUGUAAAAUCACCACAGGGGAUGCAGCCUCCUGCAAGCCCGAUGGCAGGUGGUAUGGCCCCGAGGAGCCCUUGGACUCAAAAUGCUGGAUCUACGCCAAACAGUGCUUCAAAUUAUGUGCCACAACAUUCACCUGGGUUAAAUAGUGCUAGUGCUAUGCCAGCAAGCCCAUAUGCUCCAAAUUCAAUGGGAAUUCCAAAUUCACCAAUGGACGUGCUUCUCAAUUCAGCUAAUUUAAGUGUUGAUCCAUUUGACGAUAGUUUCAACAGUGCUAAUAGGUCGCCGUUCAUGUCACCAAUGUCUCCAGGCGGAGUGAGCCAGGAUGGGUCUGCGGCAUAUCAGGCUCAAGCGCGCUAUAAGAGAUUCACGGAAGCAAAUAGAAAUUUUGCAGAGUUGCAAUCUGUUAAAUCACCCUCAUUACCCGUAACUCACCCAGCUAUGACUAUGCAACCUCCUCCUAGUCCUUUUGCUGCUCCGCAGGGUGAUUAUAGUCAGCAGCAAAGCACAAGGGGGAAAAGUUCCCAUGGCUCAAAGGCAAGAGGUCGGGGCUCAAGGAGUUCAAGCCGUGACUCCCAUAAUCAGGAUGAUGAGUUAGCAAAACAGAACUUUAUUGAAUUGACUCAAAAACAUUAUCCUAAUGACUUUAGUCCACAGAAAAAUCUUCCAUAUACUUCUUACGGUUCGCCAGUUGGUCAAGGUCGCGAGAGAAGUCCCAGCACACCUGCUCAAGGUCAACCAUCUCCUUUACCUGCCCAGACUUCUGUUGGAGAACAUUGCCCUUCGGAGCCAGACCCAGCCAUUUUUGAUGAUUCACCGAUUAGAAAAGCAUGGGAGUUGGCGAUGGGGACCACUGUGGAUUUGGAGGGGUUGGAUUUGGAGCAGGUGCCGGAGAAGCAAAACAAGACUGCUAAACAAGACCAGCGGCAGCAGCAGCAGCUUCCACCCCCCACACCACCACCACCAAUACCUCCAUCACCUAUCCCACAGCAAAAGGAACAGUUGUUAACUGACAGGCAGCAAAAACACCAAAACGUUAUGACUCGCUUAGAAAGCUUUGUGAAUUCGAAAGAAACAAUGAAAAAGUCUUCAAAAUCGAAAGAACGGAAGAGCAAGUCGAGGGAUAAGUCAUUGCCUGCUCAGAGUCCCAGGAAUGCUCAACUACCUGGGAAUCAUGCAGGAACUCAUCCCGGUUUCAUUCGUGGUCAUCAUCUUCCCUUUAGACCUGGAAUGCAUCCCAUGGCUCAAAAUAACUUCCCAAUGCCAAUGCAGAAUAUGGGACAUAAUAUGGGUCCUUCUCGGCACAAUAUGCCAAUGCCUAUGCCUAUGCAAUAUAAUCCCAUGCCUGGACAACAUAUUCCUCAUGGACAUGGGAUGUCUGGUGUGAUGGGGCAUAACCCUAUGGGACAUGGUUCACUUCCCAUGCGCCAUAUGCCUAUGGGACAUAACAUUCCAUCGACAAUGGGACACAACAUUCCAAAUUCAUUAGGACAUGAUAUGCCACAACCCAUGGGACACAACAUGCCACCAGUGGGUAUGAACAUUCCGUCUACCAUGGGGCACAAUAUGCCCUCAAAUAUGGAACCUAUACCGUCUUCUAUGGGACAUAACAUUCCAAUGUCAUUUCCGCAGCAACCAGCAACCUCUAAUCAGAGUCUCCCUCAACAGCCUCCAAUGAACCGGCCACCGUUUAAUCAGAGGGACUCUGUGUCAUUCUCACAUCACCGAGUCAACAUGCCACAACUUCAAGGGAAUCCAUCUGUACAGAAACCAUCAGUGUUCACUCCCAUGCAUCACCCCGGCUACCCUCAGACCUCCCAGAUGUUACCUCGUCAUGACUUCUCAUUACUCUCACCCACUGAUGUCACCUCAUCUCAUCCAUUCAAUUCACCAUUCAACCAAGGUGCAGCUUCACAGUACAGUUUCCUUGAAUCCGUCCGAAAUGACCAGCUGACCGAGCCGCAAAGAAAUUAUGUGCCUUCACCAUCUUCAAGUGGAAAUAUGCCAGUCCCGAGCCACGCUGUUAUUCAUGAUGACAUUCCCUUGCUUGAAAUGGAUGUUGAUGACCUCCCUGAUAUUACACCAAGGGAUCAGGGGACACCAAGAGAUAUGGGGAUGCUGAGAGUGCGAGAUCUGACGAUGUCCACAGAUCAGGAUAAACCACAGGAUCUGGGAAUUUCCACAAACCAGGGAAUGACCAUUAGCAAAGAUACAGGCAAACCAAGAGAUCAGGAGAAGCUGAGAGAUAAUGGGAGGUCGAAAGAUAAAGGGAUGUCAAGAGAACAGCAGAUGUUCAGGGAGCAGGGCAGACAACAAGAUCAGAGAACAUCUAGAGAUCAGGGUAUGUCUAGAGACCAAGGCAUGUCCAAAGGACAGGGUAUGUCCAGAGAUCAAGGUAUAUCUAAGGAUAAGAGUAUCUCAAGCGAUCAGGGCAUGUCUAGAGAUCAGGGUAUUACCAGAGAUCAGAGAACAUCCAGAGACCUGGGCAUGUCUAGAGAUCAGGGUAUGUCCAGAGAUCAGAGAACAAUGGGAGACCCAAGCAUGUCCAGAGGUCAGGGUAUAUCUAGAGACCAGGGCAUGUCCAAAGAACAGGGAUUGUCCAGAGAUCAGGGUGUGUCCAGAGAUCAGGGCAUUACCAAAGAACCGGUAAUGUCUAGAGAACAGGCCAUCUCCAGUGAACAGGGUAUGUCUAGAGACCAGGCCAUAUCCAGAGACCAGGGUAUGCCGAGAGAUCAGGGCAUGUCCAGAGACCAUGGGAAAACAAGAGAUCAAAGCAAGUCAAGGGAUCAGGAGUUGUCAAGAGAACACAAUGUGAGGUCGCACUCUGGAUCAAAUUUACCUGGGGGACAGCGUACUGGGCAAAGGAGUCAUUUUUUAGGUGUUGGAGAGCAAGACAAAAACCAUCAAAGUCUUGCUCUGCAAAAUCAAGGCAGCGAUUUAAGGCAAUUUGGCCAAGGAGAAAAUCUCAUACCGCAAAGGAAUCGAGAAAUUGUUGAUUCUCAUCGAAGUCAACUUGCCGGCAAACCUCAGAGAGAUUCGAAUUCUGUACAAGAAGAUGAUGAUUUACCAAGAGGCCUAAGGUCAGCUCCGCAAAGUAAUACAGCGUCUUACAAAACUAUGGCUGAGCGAGUGGUCCAGAAAAGUGUCACACCUGCAGAACGGGCAGCGCCACUGCAAAGUGUCCAGAGGAGCGAUGCAGGUCUUACUGUUGAGCAAAAUGCGGAGUUGCUGAGGGCUGCUAGCACUGCCACAGGAGCGACGACUGCUUUGACGCGUCCCGGGACAGAGACUACCAGGUCAAUGUCCAGUACCACUAACACCCAGGUCGGGAUUAUUGAGACUUUAGAGGAAAUAAAUGAGAGAACCCUGAAAGCUCAGGAGGAAAUUCGCCUCCAUGAAAUGAGGGAGCGCAAUCUGCUGGCAGAGAUGAACAUUAACCGCAAGAAGUGGGAAAAAAAACAGGAAGUCGCAGGGAAAGAGUCUUGCCGAAGUGAAGAUGAUUAUGAUGAUGAUGACGACGACUGUAGUUUUAUAUCCCAGCGAGAUGAGGGUUUCUCAGCUAGAGAGCCUAUGUUACGACGGGAGAGGGAGCGCUCCUCUCGAGAUGAGAGGGAGUUUACAUCUCGAUAUUCCAAGGGGGACCCUCCAAGAGGAUUUGACAGGGAGCCCCAAUCAAAACAUAAGCAGUCGAGGCAUUUGGAGAAGGAUGCUUCAAGAAGCUAUGAAAGGGAGUCCUCUCCAAGAGAGCAUCUUUCUAGAGAACAGGAUAGGGAGCCCAUAUCAAGAGGACAUAGUAGGGAGGUUCCUGUGAGAAACCCCUAUCAUAGACCUUGUGACAAGGAGUGUUCUCCAAGGGAAGAUCUUGAAAGACCAUAUGAGAGGCCAGCUCCACCUCGACCCUUCGUGAGAGAGCCUUCACCUAGGCGAUCCCCAGUACAAAAAAUUGCCUCAAACAGAUUUCAAAAUCCAAUGAUGCCUGAACGAAGAGAGGAGAUUCGUAAGACAAAGCGGGAUAAUGGUGAGCUUUCUAGUGCCAGAAAUCUCUAUGUUUAUGGUCAAAAGGCUUACCUCAACUCCCGUGCAAAAUAUUCCGCUGCAUCGCACAGCUAUGGCAGCGCAGAAGCUCUUGAAAAUGAUGUUGAUGACUGUCUUGUAAUAGACUAUGAGGCAGCUAACCAUAAGAAAUUCACAAAGCGGCGACGACAGACACUUUUUCAUUCCAAAAGUCCAAUUAGCCAGACAAUAGAUGAUGUAGUGGAGAGAGCAGGGAACCCUGAACCAGGAAAUGCUACGUUUUCACCUGUUGUUAUCCAGAAGCCAUCAUUGGCAGCCAGUGGCAAAUCAAAAAAGGGUGCCAGGGGGCGGGGACGUGGAAAGUCAAAAGGAAGGAAAAAGUCCAAGUCUCCUGCUAAAGCAAAAGGUUGCCCACCACUUGGUCGUGGAGGUGCUGCUGCCCAGACAACGAAUGUGAAAUCUAAAGAUAAACGCAAAAGUCAGCAAAAAUCUUUCAGCGAGUUAUUGGAAGAGCUUCAAAAGCAAACUGAUGGUGCUCAUAGUCAUGUUUGUACAACAGUGGCUCCAGUCCAUAUAGGAUACGCGGCCGGGUACAGUAAUUAUGGCUACAGCGGGCAAGGCUACACAAGCUUCAGAGGCUAUGGACAUCGCUGGAAGCACUCGUCGUCAGUCAACGAUGGUUAUAACGGCAGCCCAGCAUCUUCUGAUGAUCUUCCAAUGUUCAAUUCGAAAGGGACUCAAAAAACUUACCUGAGGGAAUGGCGGGACCACAAUGCUGAAGUGAAAUUUGAUGCGCUGGUUCGAAAAAGUACACAGUCGGUUCCAGCAGAUUAUUCUGAUGACGACGACAAUGAUUAUAUUGAUAACACCGGUUGUGAUGAUCUCUUGCCUGAUCUGUACAAUCUACCGAAACCGAACAAGAAUCUUUCUAACCAUACCUUCUCUGGUAAACUUUCUUCCACUAAGAGAUCACCUUCAAAAUUACGCCUUACCGGCAAGUCAAAGAAUCCGCUUCCGAUCUUCAAGCCGAAAAGUAGUUAUUAUACUUGUGAUAUGGCAAUCCAGUGUGAUGGUCUAGCAUCGCAUGAACCUGCUUUUGUUCCCUGUCCAUCGUUUGCAGAUGUAUCGAACUCGCCAAAUCCCAAAUAUACCAUGACAAAAACUGCUGGGAAGAAGCGUCAUAAUAAACUUUCACUGAAGAAAGGAAAAUCUGAGAGUGAUCUUUAUGCACGCGGAUUGGACGAGAGCGAUGAUGAUGUUUCAAACAGGCUUUGGAACUCGGGUUCAUAUGGAAGUUAUGAAGAUACAAACACUCCAAAGUCACCGUGCAAGUUGGUGCUAAGUAAAAGCGCGGCUGAUGGUAAAUGGAAAGUAGACUCCUUGGACUUGGUUGAUGACGUAAGAAAUGGAACAAAAUCGCAAUCAAAUCCUUCAUCUCCUAAAAAGACUGAAUCACAGUUCAGCACGUUCCCAUGGAUGAGGGGGUACAAGCCGCUUGCUACAAGAUUUAAAAAUCCCAAUUUCGACUUGAAAUCUGUUGGCCAGGUGCAUAAAAAAGUCUUCAAACCAUCCGAAACUGUGCUAUUUUCCUGUGAAUCUGUCGUGAACUACUAUCAAGGUCGAGCUACAAGCAGUAUAGAACGAAAAACAAGAAAGAUGCUGCCUGUCCACAAUAUUGUCAAAGUCACUAUCAAAGACAAACAACGAUAUGAUUUCAGUAAAAUUGGCAAGGAGAGGGUGAUGGUGAAAAAGCUGCCCAAGAGGCUUCUGCGGCAUUAUCUCAACAAAGAUCUGUCAUUGCCGCGGCGGUCUUCAACAUCAUCUAACAAAACUUACAACACAUCAAACUUGGGGAAUUGGACUCGACACCAGGAUUCGUAUUCAAGUUAUACGCAUAGCGAGUUGGAUCAGUUCUCCAGACACAUGAACCAAGUUGAUGAGGAUCCUGCUACCCCUUACAGCCACUUGAAUAUGUCUUCCAAUCCCCAAGACCAAGACAGCGAGCGAGAAAUUGGUUUUGAUGGCUACGACGAUAACAUGUUCUGCCAAGAAGACUCCGAUGAAGUCGCUGAAGAAAUCACUGUCCAAGAACCACAACGCACUCACCAUCCUCACAGGAAAGUUGUCCUCAGUUCGCAACAGCGUAGAGACCAGUAUUAUAAUGAUGAGGAUUGGUCACCUUCAAAGGAAAGAGACUCAUCAGGCAAAACAGGAAGGAAAUCUUCCUGCUCCAGCAAGUCAAAUAGCCAAACUGGUUUUGAGCAAAUCCAUGAUGAAGACCACAGGAUGGUCGCGAGAAAGAAAGCAGAAGCUGGGCUGACUUAUCCUGCAGUGUACAACCAGAAUUUAGACACAGACGACAGAUCAAUGAAUCAUUCUAAAAGUAACCAGAGACAUUUUCGUGACUUUUCCAAAGAUAAUUCUGAUCAUCGGCAAAGAGAUAGUUUAGCAAACUCGGGUAAUACUCGACGAGCAAAACCUCAUCCCCAGCCCCUCGCGCAAGUCGCUCCUGAUUAUGGUGAUGAUGAUGAUGUGAUUAUAACCGAUAUAAAUCUUGCCAUGGCAAGCCCUCCAAAGGGCUCAAGAGGCCGGAAAUACAUCAAUGAUCUUGAAAGGUCAAGUCAGUGUCAGAGACGGAGAGUCUAUGAGGAGUAUGGUGAUAACGGACAGUAUGAUGACUAUGAGAUCCAAGAAAAUAGAUCAGAGGAGAAUUCCCCGCAUAGUUUGAUUGAAUCUGAUAUCGCUGUAGCUCCUCCUGGUAUGGCUACACUUGAUGAUGUUUAUAUUGACAUUGCUUCUGUGGAACCACAAUCGCCACAGCCUGACGACGUUAAGGAGAAAUACAAACAUGUCUUGGGAGAUAAGGAGCUUUCCGUAAGCUCGUAUAAACUUGAGGACUACUACCCGGAAGUUUUUGGCGAGGCUGUAAAUGUUGACGCUCUGAAUAUGGAAAAAGCUGUUCUUUGUCGCGAGAAUGAUGGCGAAAUACAAUUGAAAGUUGUCGAUCGCAAAAGUGUGGUGGACGAGGAUGAAGAGCGUGAAUCUCUACCAUUUUAUCGUGAUUUCUUAGAUUUGAUGAACGCAGAAAAUGCGAGGCCAAAGAAAUCCCGCAAAAAAUCUCAGCCAAGUCCAAAGAAACAACUGUUGGAAUUUGUUGAAUCGCAACAAAGAAAAUCUUCUUCUUCAUCUGUUGUUGAGCUGUUCUCAGAACCUGGUGAGAAACUCACAAAUUGUAUUCCUAGAAAGAAGAAGCAUACGUUUAAAAAUGGUCCAAGCCUGAAAGAAAAGAAGUUAGAUAAUAGUUUGAAUGUGCUUCAUGAUGCCACGCUAGCAGGUUUGAAUGGAACAGAGCAGUAUUCUGAUCUAACUGACGACUGCGAAGGUCUCUACAGCGACGUCAUGUUUAAGUUUGCCCUCUAUUCACCUCCGUCUUCCGAGAUGGGAGAUGACAUGCCACCGAUGCCGUUGUCACCGGAACAGAUCAACACAGACCAAGAAGAUGAAGUCAUGGUCAUUGAUGAGGGUCGCAAGAGAAUAGGGAGCGAUUUCAGUACAAGGGUCAUUUUGUCGUCCGUGUCAACUGAGGAUCAGUAUAACCCAUUGUCUCCUGAACCUUUGCAGUCUCAAUUUAGACAACCAUUAGGGGUGCCGAGUUUGAAAUCACGAAAGCAAAAGGACAGAAGUCUGAUGGACCCUCAACCUGGUUGUCGCAGUGAGGGUUGGAUUGAAUCUAGUCAACGUGACCAUAAUGAGGACAGGCAGAUUGAAAAGUCGCAAACAUAUGGCUACACGCGCACAGAAAGGGAAUCCGAAUCUCAACUGGAUAUGUCGCCACCUCACCUCAGCCCACCAAUGAAUACUGAAUACGUUGGACACAGUGAUAACUCUAUGUCACCGCCGCUUCUCAUCAAGAACGCCUCGCCUAGGAUCAUGACGGAACAGGACCAGCUGCUUCUUUUAGGUGGUGGUGCUGUGCGAAGAGUCUGCAACACAGAUCAUGAAGAUGAUCAGUUCAUGGAUGCAGAUGCAACCGACAUUGAAGAAGGUGCUUCACAGAUUUGCUCAACUUUGAACGGUAGUGGUGACUUGUUCAAAGAUUCAGAUGCCUCCUUGAUAUUGAAUCCUGAAGAGCAGGAUCAGAUGUUGAACGAGAUUGUCAAACUAGCUUCAGAAAGUCCUCUGCCCUGUAAGAUCUCAAGUGUCGUCAGCUAUGCUCACAAGGGAAAACAGUUCCUUGAUGAAAGCGAGAGAUCAGACAUUGAACCACCUCAGUUGGAGAUGGAAUGUAAGGAGAAGGAGGUAUUCGAAGUUCAAACAAACAAUAAGGGAAAAGUGAUGACAGAUCCAUCAGAAAUAGAACAUGAUGAUGUAGGUCUCGAGAAUCAAGAAGAAAUGGUUACUGAUAUGAAUGAAGACCAGCCAUCCAAAACUGUUGUUGAAAAGUGUCGCCUAGCGUCAAGAUAUUGGCUCAAGCAUCGCUCUGUUUCAAUCGAAAGCUAUACCAGCAAUGAAGGGACAGUUGAUGGUCAAGCUCCCAAUACAGAUGCUGGGAUUGAGUCAGUGGAAUCUCCAACCCCCGCUGCUGCUGUUGCAACAUCGCGCCAUGACCAGAGGCUGCCUUUGGCGGAGGUGAAGGGUAAAGAUGCUGUCAGUUAUUGGCUACAGAGGAAACGUUUUGUCUCUGCUUCUGGGAGUGAUGCAGAUUCGUUGGUGGAAGUUGCUGCAACUGGCCUCAGAAAUAGGAGUCCAAAUGAUGAAGUGAAGGAAAGCUUAGUCGGUGUAAAUAUAGAGCAGGGGAUAACAGAGGCAACUAAGGAGAGCAUUGAUCCAAAUGAUGUUGCACCAGAGGAAGAUGCAAAACCGGUGGUAGAAUCUGUCCAAGACGUGGACGAAUGUUCCAAUGCAACCACUGCUGUUUUCAGCGAAGGUCCAUAUGAUGCUCCACCAGCCAAAGAACACUGCGUUGAUGACGACCUCCUGAGUGAAGAUGACUCUAAAUCAGGUAGCGACAGGCCAUCAUUUCGAUCAGACAGUGGGUCAUUUGAUGGCAAGAGCUCCCCAGUCAGGCAGUGGUCAACUGCUAGUGAAGGAUCCCUUCCUUAUGAUACACAUCAAGCCGCUCAAAAUAAACACAAAAAUGACCAUGAUGAUGAUGAUGUUUUUGUUGAAAGUACCACCAAGUCUGCGAAUAGAGGUGAGCGGACCGUUUCCGUAGACUCUGCUGACUCAAGCAAGUCCAAGGUGUGGAAGGACAUCAAUGAACUGUCUGAUGAUGAAGCUGCUGAUAAAUCUCAUGAUGGGCCCCAGUUCCGGUUGGAUUUGAACUCAGUGAGUGAACCUCCGAAGGUUCCAAAUCAAGAGCCCCAAUCAGCAGAUGAAUCUGGCGAAGGCGAGGCGGAACUAAUUUCUGAUGAGGAAGAGGAGGACCAAGACAGUUCUAUCCUCAGUACCAUUGCGUCCGACAGCAGCCAUGAACUCGAAAAUUUUGAUCAGUGCCUCCUGCGUCUGGAAUCACUCCAAGCUACUCUAGAGAAAGUUGGUUUGGACAACAGACUUGUUAGCCCAUCACCCAGGCCAUUACCUAUACAAACACACCACGCCAUCACUGAGACCACCAGCUUGCUGAAAAAUCUGCAGCGCUCUGAUGGUAGCUUUCCUCCGAGGUUAUUUUUGCCGAGCAGAACCGACUCCGAGGCUGAGGUGCAGUCAGAAGAAAAUGAAAGUGGGGAGGAGUCUGAUGAAGAUGAUUCUGAUUAUGUUCAGAGCUUGGUACCUGAAAGCCAAAGUAUCAUAGCUCCUAUACCCAAGCCUCCUGCACCUCUCAAUAUUGACGAGAUGGAACCAGGUGGGGAUGAAGAGAGAAGGCUUCAGGAAGAUGGAGAACAUGUCAUCAUUGCUCCAGUUGCCUUGCCACCGACUGCUUUCGAAAUGGACCAUGAUCAGAUAGGUGAUGAUGAACUGUUAGAGCUAGAUGUUGUUGCACAGCAUCUGUCUCCUCAGCCUUAUAUCAAGCCAAGUCAGGUCACCCGCAACCAGGAUCAUUGCGAAUUACAAAACAAAAGGAAUGACGAAUCUCAUGUGUCUGCAAGCAAUGCAGAGAGUGACACUGCGGAUAGCCGAAAUUCUUGUUUGACAGAUUUAGACAAGACUGGGCAACCAGUCGCACCAAUUGCAAUUCCUGCAAAUCCAUUUUUCCCUGGAGACCAUGAUGAUGAUGAAACUGGACCAGAGGAGAGUGAGGUUGAAAGUCCAUAUCCUGCUACAACAUCAGAAGGAAACUGUCCGACAAUUCUAAGAGUUCCAGUUGUAGUCAAGGCAAAUGCUUAUGUUCAACAACGCCUAGAAAACAGUGAAGGGAAUAGGGUUCAGGAAGAUACCAUGAAGCUGACAAAGUCACUGUCAGAGCAGCAACUAAAUUUUGAAUCUGGGAAACUUCAUCAUCCCAAGCCUAUUCCGGCCACUCCUCGGUCUGAAUCCGAUGACUACAUGAGUGAAGGAGAUAAUUGCAUCAUUAGGGCAGGAGAACUGGAAAUGGAUGAGGUAGAGGCAGAGAAUGAGGAAGAUCAGUUCGAACGUAGCGAUGCAAGUAGUGAUGAGGCUAACACAGGAACACCAGACUUGAACGCUGGAUCUCCGGGCCUUGUUGCGCCUGUUGCUCUUCCACCAACUCCAGCGAAUCUGACAGUUGAGCAUGAUUCCAAUGAGGAAUUUCAGUAUACUAUUGUAAGAGCAAGCAUCUCCUCUGAAAAAGAGGAGGAGGAGGAAUUGAAUGGUUAUCAAAAUGUGGUGGAUGAUGAAUCUGUGUUUACAGAUCAUGAUGAUAUGACCGUAACUGAUAAUGGGCAUCAUCCAGUUGCUGGUCCACCUGGGUCUGUGCGCAUUGCUCAAAGUUAUUGCACUGAUGAUGAUGCAAGCCUAGCGGAUGAUGAAAUGUCAUCAUGUGCUGAUUUCAGCGUGCCAAGUCGUCAGGUUCUUUAUCGGCCCAUAGCUGGUCCUAUUAGUUUCAACUUGCACUCUUUACAAGAAUCUGGAAUGAUGAGUAUUGCAGAUGAGGAUGAGAUAUCUGUUUACAUUGAAGACAAUCAUGGUUCACCACCUUCUGAUGAAGAAAAUCCUAUCGUGUGCCCAAUUGCUUGUCCACCAGGUGGAAUGACUCAACUCGAUGAGGUUGAGGAGGAUGACUGUGUGAUCCUGUCAAGAGAGUCGCCCCAGGGGAGGUCAUAUGAUGAAGACUGUAGUCGAGACGAGGAUCACAAAACAGAGGAACCAAAUUUAGUUUGCCCUAUUGCUGGCCCACCUUCACAGGAUCAUUUUCCUGGGGAUUAUGCUGCUUCGUCUAUUGCUGAUGAAGCCAACAUUAAUGUGUCAGAUGAAACAGAAGGAGAAGCAGGAGUCCAAAGCAAUUCUGAGGAUAACCUAAAACAGAAUAUCACUGGCCCUCAUUCACCACCAACUUGUGAUGUUAGCGGCAAAUCUAGACCUAUAUUACCAUCGAGCUUAGUUCAUCCUAAAGCUGGUCCACCUGGAUCUGCUCAUAAUCUGCAGUUUACCCAGAAGGAUGGUGUUGAUACUGAUAAUGAAUGUACUGACAACGAAAAAGAUUCAAGUUGUUCAGUGAUGGAAGCAGAAGAGAAAGAUGAUGAGGUGCGCAGUAUAUGUAGCCCUAUCCUUGAACCGCCAUCGGAUGAGGAGGAUGGAUACUAUGAUGUACCUACACCAACUCAGGAUGAACCACCACCACCAGCACCUUUUGAUAUGCCAGUCAAGAAUACCUACCUAUCCCCAGUAUCUGUUUACAAGGCCCGUUUGUCGUCUGCUGGUGAGUGCAGCCAAUCAUCUCAGCCGUCAAGUGUGGAAUAUGAGGACGCAGACCAUAACUUGGAUAGUGAUGACACUUCCAAGGGCUGUUUGACGACGCAAGAAUCAGGUGACUGUCUAACCUACGAAGUCAAACACACUGAAUCAGGUAUCGUAGUCAUGCCACUGGCAAAGCUGAUAGAAGAUCAUCAUGAAACGGAACACUCCACAAACGUCCAGAAUCACAACAUGGAAUGUUCUGGAAGGGUUCAUCUCCUGAGCUCAUCUUCCAGUUCAUCCUCUGUGCAGGUUCUUGGUGAAAGACAUAUUCAGGGAUCUGAGGACAACGGUGAGACAUCGUAUGAAGACAUGUCAGAGGAAGAAGAAGAUGAUGAGGAGAUUGUACGACAGGAGGAGAAAAGGAAACACGAUGCCUGGGCUGCAGUUAACAAUGAUGGCAUUGAGGAUGACCUAAACAAGGCUGUGGCAACCCAUCAUGCCAGGGAAGAACAUUGUCAGAUUGCAAAGAAUGACAGAAGUAGUCCUAAAACUAGUUUUGUUGAAGAUGAGCACAGCGGCAGCCUGAGACCAUCUUGUAUGACAAAACUGGUUGAGGAGACCAUGUCAGAAGUAUCAGAGGAGCAGGAUUUGGAAGAACGACGUCUGCUCUCUGACCAGAAUAUGCUCACUGAGGAUAAGAAUCUCAUUAGAUCUAGACAAGCCUCACAAGGGUUUGUGGUGGAAAACGUUGUGGAGGUUGAGCCUUCAACUCCUUGUCAAAUGGUUGUAGAGGAGGAGGCUAUCGUCGAGGCCAGUGGAUGCAUUUGGGAAGUAGUACACUCGGAGACACAAGAGUUUGAUGUGACUAAGGACACGCAAAGUGAAAGUGACACUUCUGUCGAUGAUGACCAAGUCGCCAAUCAACUGAUUAAUGGUGAUGAAGCAUUGCAACAGGCCAGGGAAUAUGACAUUGGCAUUGCAGUAGAUAUGAACCAGCCACCCUCACCUGUAGGGGAAGUUGAAGUUUUCAACUCUGUAGAAGACGCUUCACUCCUAUUGAGAGGUGACUGUGAACCACCUACCCCCAGUAUAGGAGUGGUAGAAGUGGAGGUAGAAUAUUCCCCAGGUAGAGCUGUUUGUUCAUUUGAUCAAGACGACAGUGAGUAUCCUGCAAGUCCAAGCAAUGUCUCUGACACCGAUGAAGAAGUUUCUCCCAUCCUAGAAGUUGCGGAGGUGGAGGUUAGAGAUUCCCUAAGUCCAUCUUUGAUCACUGCUGGGCAGGGUCCUCAGGAAGAGGCUGAAUUGGAUGUUGACUUUGCUGAGCUGCCUACUCCGGCUAUAGAGGUCGAAGUGGUGGAUUCCAAGAGCCCCCUGUGUCAGCCUUCCCUUACUCAUUGGCAGGAGGGGGAUGGUAAUCAAGGCGAUGCUCAAAUAGAAAGUGAAUCAGUGGAGAGGGGGACUGGCACUCCAACCCCUGGAAUGGCAGAAGUUAAGGAUGGCAAAUCUCAGGAUGAAAUGUUGCUAACUCUUGGUCAGCAUGUUCAUGGAAGUCAGGGUUGUCAGGAGUCGGUUCUCGAUAAAAUAGACUCAAUCGUUUUGACCUCUCCGUUGGCAGCUUGUGAGGAAGUCGGUUCUCCUGAUAAAUCGUCGCUAACUCUUGGUCAAGAGGUUCAUGAAAGUCCCAGUGGUGAUGAACCGGUUGAGGAUGGAUUAAACCUGAUGCUUUCCCCCUCGCCACCAGCCGCUGUUGAGGAUGUUGAUGAUCAAAUGCAAGGUUUGGAAGCUGAUGAUGAGGAAGAAAAGGUGAACUCUCCAUCACCGGUUGAUUGCAAGAACUCGAGCGAAUUGUCAUCAGAUGACUCGAGCAAAUUGUUAUCAGAUGAGGAUAUGGCAUCAGAUGCAGAAGGAAGUGAUGCCGAGUCAACUGCCUCACUCACACUUGGUCAGAAGAUACAUGGCAGUUCUCACUCUCCAGCUUCAGUAAAACAAGAAGAUAUUGAGAAAUUGGAGGAAUUGUCAUUGGAUGAGGAUAUGGCAUCAGAUGCAGAGGGAAGCAAUGCCGAGUCAACUGCCUCACUCACACUCGGUCAGAAGAUACAUGGCAGUUCUCAGUCUCCAGCUUCAGUAAAACGAGAAGAUAUUAAGAACUUAGAGGAAUUGUCAUCGGAUGAGGAUAUGGCAUCAGAUGCAGAAGGAAGUGAUGCCGAGUCAACCGCCUCUCUUACACUCGGUCAGAAGAUAAAUGACAGUUCUAAGUCUCCAGCAUCAGUAAAACUAGAAGAUAUCAAGAUUUUAGAGCACCUGUCAUUGGAUGAGGAUAUGGCAUCAGAUACAGAAGUAAGUGAUGCUGAAUCAACUGCCUCUCUUACACUUGGUCAAAAGGUGCAUGAAAGUUCCAAGUUCGAAAACCAACAUACUUCUGGUGAUAAUUUACGAACUGAAAAAAUGGCUUUGCUGAUCCCUGGUCAAGGAUAUUUACCCAAAGACAGGGAAGGCUCUAUGUCUCCUGUGAUGCCUGUCCUUGAAAUCAGGCCAUCAACACCUGCUAAUAGUUAUCAAACUGAUUAUGACGACAUGUCACCUGAAAUACCGAAUUUGAAUAAGUCUGAUGUCAGACUCGGUCCAGGAUCACAAGAGGGACCUGUUUUGGAUCCACAAGUUUGCCUUGAUGAUUAUGUUGUCAUCUCGUCACCGUUUAAUCCUCGACACCAACUAUCCUCUGCCGAUGCUGAAGAUUAUCAAUGUGAGGAUGACAGAACCAGCAUGAUGAUGUCUCAAGAAUUACCGAAUUACGACAAUGCAGCUGAGGGGACUAAGUUCCACCCUGGUGAACCAAGUGGAUAUCGAUCGCCAGUUGUACCAAACAUGGACACGAUUGCUGAUAAUGACAAUCUUAACGUGAGGCAUAGUGAUGCCCACAGUCACAAGUUAAACGCUCAGGGAUUUGAAUGCAAUAGUACAAUGAUUUGUGCUGGGAAGACUACAGAUGAUCCUAGAAAUCUUUCAGGGAGUGUCAGUGAAAUUGGAAAGAUUUACCACAGAGGAUCGUCUGUUCAGAAAGCGAUGGAUAAAACUCAGGAAGUUAGGCAAUACCAGGUUUCUAAGACAGAUUACAAAUCACCAAAUAGUAUCUACGCAUUGUGCAGGAUGAUGGAGAUGGAUAGUCAGAGUGGUAGUGAAGAUAUGCCCUUGGACUUGUCUACAAAAUUUGGCAAGGGAUUAACCUCUUUGGCCGGCAAUGAAUCGGCUAAACCAAGCAGCCCUUACCAGAUGUCAAAAUUGAAUGAAUCGAGAAACUAUUCAAGAAGUUUCUAUGAUUCGCAGACCUCACUCUUCAGUUCUAUUCACUCAAAACAGCAUACCCUUGACUCAAAAUAUGAUGAUAUGGAAAACAAGAAAGCACCAGAACGGUCUUUAUCACGUCGGAACUCAUCUACAAGGGCAAGUCCAACUGCUGCGGAGCUGUUGUCAGCAAGAAUGGAAGUCGAGGAUGAUGAUAGCGAAAUUGACAGCGAUGAGGAGAUUGAUGUUGUUGGCAUUGAUGAUGAUGUUUUUCCAAGUGGUGAAAUGGAAGAGGAGGAGGAGGCAGAUGUCAUGCCACCUGCACUGGUUGAAAAGCAGACGGUGAAUGAACCAGUCCCGCUGACGACUCCUUUGCCAACUCAGGAGAAUUCCCCCAGAAUGUUACAAAGAUCCGAAUCACCUGAAUUGGAUGUGGUUGAACUUGAUGCGAAUCCAUUGGAAUUUGUCAAUCAAAUGGAGCAGACAUCUGACGAACCAUGUGAGCAGAUGACAGACUUGACCGGAACACCAGAAAGAUCAAACACUCCUCAACCAGAGUCUGAUGUUGUUCAUGUUGCUGUUUCCCCAACGAAAACAAACAAUGAACAGCAAGGGCAGGCGACAGAUUUAUUUGGGACGCCCGAAAGAUCUCGAUCAAACUCACUAGAUUCCGAGUCUGAUUAUGCACCAAGUCCAAACGUGGAUGAUGAAAAUCUCCGCAACAUGGAGAAAGAUCCUGAAGAAUAUGAGGUUCGUCUGAUCAAAAUCAUGACACCAGUGCUGCCACCACCUUCAAGGAAACAGGUCGUUGCUGACAUGAAGAGUUUGGCGUAUUCUGGACGCCGGCACAGGGAACCAUUCUACAGCAACAAGACGGACAUGCCUGCCAACAUCAUGGAUGUCGGGGGAAGACUUCUCAAAGUCAAGGCAAAGUCGAUUUCCCAGCUCAAAGAGUUUGAGAGCAUUAACCCCUUUAAUGCCAAUGGCCUGAAAGAUUGGCAGAUACUUUUGGCGGGAGGAGACGAUGACAUGAAUGAGGAUGACGGCUUCAGCAUCAUGAUGGAGAUUGAGAAGAAUCCGCAACUCAAGGCGAGCAUCAUGGGAAGCGACAAGAUCAUUAUGACGCCGUGUAAGCUUCCACCGAGCACCAACAACGUGAAGUUAUGGCUGGAGGAGAAAAUCCUGGAGCGGAAGGCCACCCAAGAGGCUAAGAUUGUCCAAGCACAGGAAACGAUGGAUCGCGAAAAUGAUGUCAUGCGGGAGUUGAGCUAUGGUGAUUUUCAGAAGGAUAUGGAGCCGGAAUUGCUGGGAGAUAGGAUCGGGGCAGAUGAAGAAAAGGAUGAGGAGACUGGGGAGAGAAGACGGUUCCUUAGACCGCAGCGGCGAGUCAGCUUUACCCAAGAUACCUUGAACAAGUUGGCGGACACCGAGGUCCAGGAGAUAACAGAAUGCGACAUGGCCUCCAAAACCCAUGGCGACCAAGAAUCUGAUACUCAGGAUGUUGUGAAAGACACAGUUGAUGAUUCUCAAAUGGAAGGGUCAACAGUCAAGGUCAUACACUUAAAACGGACUAGGUCAGUUGAUUUGGCCUUGAAGAAGGAAGAGAGAGUUGAGAAAGAGAUUAUUUCACCACCGCCGAAAUGUCGCCGAUUGAGUCGAUGGGACCAGUGCUCUCCGGCUUUUCGUCGUACAAGGAGCGAGGAAGAUGUGCCACAACACAGUACGCCGAUCCGUCGAGCAUUCUCUGACAUGCCUUGUCCAGGAUAUACACCGAUUUUAGGACGAGAGAUGGACGUUGCUGCCGACUUUGUCCCCCUGACAUCAACCACCGAUGUGGAUGAGCAGAGACCGAGUCUGAAAAGACGCCACUCCUCUGAUUCACUCCGCAAGGCUGUGUUGGAGAGCCAAGUCAAGACCUUAUUCGGCACCCCUAAACGGCGCCUCUCUGACAUGUCCAUGAUUGAGGGCCCAACUCCUCCGAAUACUUGUGGGUUCAAGGUCAGCCAACACGAUCUCCAAGAUGCCAAGGCUGUCCAUGAGCGUCAAUAUCUAACGGUGCUGAGUAUCGAGUUGCAUUGUCAGACACGUGGUAGCCUCCGACCGGAUCCCCAGUUCGAUUCCAUUUGUGGAAUAUUUUACCACUUGUUCGACGACUCAUCUGACAACAUCCAAAAACGGGAACGUACUGGUGUCUUCAUCUUGGACAACGUGGCAUUGACAUCUGCUGCUCAACCGUCAACUUCAAGAACGUCUCCGAAUAGCAUUACACCAGGGAGACCCCUAUUGACAAGAUCUGGAAUCUGGAACCUCGAUGUGACCUAUGCCAGCUCAGAGAAUGAACUUCUCGAAGCAUUUGUGGAGUUUAUGGUUGAUUUGGACCCUGAUAUUUUGGUUGGUUAUGAGAUCCAGAUGUUAUCGUGGGGAUAUCUUCUCCAAAGAGGAGCUACCCUGAAUAUGAACCUCUGCGCUCGGAUAUCAAGACUACCUAAUUCACCCAAAGAGAGUAGAUUCUCAUCUGCCCGGGAUGAAUAUGGCGCAGACCACAAUUCUGAGAUUCACAUUGCUGGAAGGAUUGUACUCAACCUGUGGAGGCUUCUUAGACAUGAGGUCACCUUGAAUGUUUACAGCUUUGAGAACGUUGCCUACCAUGUCCUGCACGAGAGAGUGCCCCUCUUCACUCACCAGACUCUCACAAAAUGGUUCAACCACGAUCUUCUCAGGUGGCGUACCAUUGAACAUUACAUAAUACGAGCCAAGGCCAACAUUCGCAUCUUGAACCAGCUUGACCUUGUCGGAAGAACAAGUGAAUUUGCUCGGAUCUUUGGCAUCGAAUUCUAUGAUGUUUUGUCCAGAGGCUCACAGUACCGUGUCGAGUCUAUGAUGCUAAGAAUGGCCAAACCAAUGAACUACAUUGCUGUUUCACCAAGUGUCCAGCAGAGGGCCCAUCAAAAAGCCCCUGAGGUCAUUGCAUUGACCUUGGAGCCAGAGUCCAGGUUUUACAGCGACCCAGUUGUGGUGGUCGACUUCCAGUCUCUCUAUCCGUCCAUCAUGAUCGCAUAUAACUACUGUUACUCGACUUGUCUUGGAAAGGUUGAGCACAUAGCAAAUGCCGAAAGUGGAGAGUAUGAGUUCGGCUGUACUUCGCUUCGAACAUCGCAGAAAACACUCAAGGAUCUCGAAGGAAAUGUGUUCAUCUCGCCUGUAGGAGUGGCCUUUCUCAAACAGCGCAUCAGGAAGGGCGUCGUGCCCAAAAUGGUGGAGGAUAUUCUCGACACGAGGAUCAUGAUCAAGAAAACCAUGAAGGAGGCUAAGAAUGAUCACGCAUUGAAACGGGUCCUUGAUGCGAGGCAGCUUGGUUUGAAACUCAUUGCGAAUGUGACGUAUGGGUACACAGCAGCUUCUUUCUCCGGCAGGAUGCCCAAUGUGGAGGUUGCUGAUAGUAUCGUUAGCAAAGCCCGUGAAACUCUGGAACGCGCCAUCAAACUUGUUGAGGAGCAUGAGGAGUGGGGUGCCAAGGUUGUCUAUGGUGACACAGACAGUAUGUUCAUCUUACUGAAGGGCAAGAGCAAGGAAGAUGCAUUCAGGAUCGGCUAUGAGAUUUGCGACACUGUCACAAAGGACAACCCUAAGCCAAUCAAACUCAAGUUUGAAAAGGUCUACAUGCCGUGUAUUCUUCAAACCAAGAAAAGAUAUGUCGGGUACAUGUACGAGACCCCAGACCAACUGGAACCAGUUUACGAUGCCAAGGGCAUUGAGACAGUUAGGAGAGACUCGUGUCCGACUGUCAGCAAAGUUCUGGAGAAGUCUCUUAAGGUGCUAUUCUCUACCAAGGACGUUUCUAAGGUCAAACAGUACGUCCAACGCCAGUGCCGUAAACUGAUGGAAGGGCGCAUCCCAUUACAAGAUCUCACAUUUGCCAAGGAAUACCGGGGCUUGCAAGGCUAUAGGCCUACGGCGUGUGUGCCAGCAUUGGAGAUCGCAAAGAAACGUCUUGCUGUUGAUCGGAGGUCUGAGCCACGUGUCGGCGAGAGAGUCCCGUACGUGAUUGUGUACGGGCAACCUGGCUUACCUCUGAUCCAGUUGAUUCGGCAACCAAUGGAGGUACUACAGGACCCAAGCCUACGCAUCAAUGCCGUGUAUUACAUCACCAAACAAGUACUGCCACCUUUGGACAGAGCUUUCUCGCUGAUGGGAGUUGAUGUAUUUUCAUGGUACCAUGAGAUGCCCAAGGUGAUGCGGCUGGUUCCAACCUCCCACUUCCAAGAUGAGAACAGACAGGGUACACUUUCAAAGUACUUCAGCACGAUGAGCUGUCCUGUUUGUGAUGAAGUGACCAAACAAGGCCUGUGUGACAAAUGUAAAGAGAGCCCUCAGACAUCUGUCAUCGUUAUCAACAACAGGAUCAGGGAUUGGGAGAGGACCCAUCAACACUUAUCUCAGAUCUGUUACUCAUGUAUGGGCAGCAAUGACCCCAAGUUGGGCUGUGUCUCUCUCGACUGUCCUAUACUCUAUCAAUUCGUCAAAGUGACACGUGAUCUCACCCAGAGUCAAAAUCUGAGGGACAUUCAACAAAAACUGGAUUUCUAAUUUAGAUAUCUGAGCAUUGUACAUGUAACAUUGAAAUGCAAAUAAUGUAAGGAGGAAGUUGAGAUUCAGUUGCAACAAAGGGAGCAUCAUGGAUUUCAAAGGAAUAUCAAUCUUUCACUGGAGUUAAAGAAGAGGAAAAUAAGGACUGGAAAAAGGAAGACAAAUUUGAGAAAACGAAACAGACCUUUAUCUGAUUCCGAGAAAAGACUAAUUAAAUACAGCUUAACACUGCCAGAUGUUAAAAGAUGUGACUAUAUUUGUAUAUUACACCAUGUGAGGGUUAUAGCAGAAUAAGAAAGCCUUGAAAGACUACCCUAAAAGCAUGUCAGGGCGGCCCUAUUCCAACUCUUAGGGAUUAUUGUCUUGUAUCGCGUGGUUUACUUGAGAUUAUGGAUUAUGAUUCAUUUGUACAGUGUGGUACGAAAAAGUACUUCAGACAAUCUUGUGUCUAUGCAUUGUUUCUCAGUGGAACCGUUCCUUGGCUCUAUCCAUCGAGUCAGCCUGAUCAUUUACUGCUCUGUGUGAAUGUAAGCUAUCAAAGGCCAUUUCUGAAUAGCCAUAUUGCUGACUAUUUCCUUUUCAUAGGUGCUUUUAAUCAGUGGCUUAUGAAGUGAUUAGCGCUGUGGCUUUCUGAAAUGACUUAAGGAUAACUUUUCUGCCCGAUUCUAUUUCUAUUUCUGCUGAACCUGUCCACCUGUCUUUUUCUAGAUGUGAAAUGCAGAAAUGAAAUUGUAUCACUAUCUAGUUUACAGGUGUAAUGCAGAAAGUAUGAUGAUUGAUGAUAAUGAUGCAUUUAUCCAAGAGGUUACUGUGCUAUGUUGUCUGUGGGUCACAUUUUAGUUGCUUGCAUGGCGAUUGCCUGCAGGCUUGUUGUUGUAGAAUAGGCUAUCAUUGGGUUCUGUUGUCCCAACAUAACCAUUUUGUGUAGAGGUUGGUUUAAACACUUUACUAUGACAGACCAGAGGUCCAGAGCGUAAUGAUAAAUGCUCCUCUAAACAGAAUGCCGGUCCAGUGGCGUCAGGACAGAGUGUACUACAACGCAUUAUGACGUUCUGUGAUUGCUGCAAAUGGCUCCGUAAAAAGGAGAAGUCAACUGGAUUACGUUUUGACAUGAUCCUAUGAAGUGGUUUUAGAAAAGAUGAACACGUGAACCAAUGACUGUAGGCAACAUUUAUGACUGAUUUGAAUUACUUCCUCCUGCAGUUUGUCAUGGUAAAAUCUCGAACAUAGAAUAAAAUUUCUGGUAAAAAAUGUAAUCUCGCUGGUGUGAGGUCGAGUGUAAGUCUGUUGUCAGUACAACUGUAAGAGGGGCUUUAUUUGGAAUGAACUGUUGUCACCUUGGUCUGCUUUUCGACUCAUGGUUUAUUUUGGGCAUUUCCUGCCCUAGCCUUGCUGUGUAAAGUUUUUCUGGGUGAUAUAUUGUGCACAUGUAUACAUUUUCAUCAUUUUAGAUCAUUGUCGACUAGACCCAGAAUGGCCGUGUUCAUGAAUGUUGAUUAGUAGCCUUGAACACCACCAUAUAGCUACUGGGCUGUGUCUAGUCUAGAUUGUAGAGACUGCUCCUUCAAGGAUUACUGAGUCAUCUACUCGGAAGUUAUUUCAUGGAAGUUAAAUGCCACUUGUGGAUUUGGGCUGUUCUGCGCAGCUAGACUUUCAUUGGCAAAAACACCAUCAUGUUACCAUUUGUAAUUUUGCCAUCGCAUUGUAAAUUUGAACCAUUGAUUUUAAAAGAUCAUGUAAAUAGGAAUGAUUUCAAGUCUUGUUAGUCGAAAUCACCUGUGUAAUGUUGUAUAGUUUUCAAAUGAUUUGUACAGGUGGUUUCGGCAAGCCAAGGAUGAAAUCAUACACAUAGGUGAGAGAUAUUUUUCUGAGUGCAAUAAAUUAGAAAAGUUUGGAAAAUAGUUCCUAACUAAUGUAAAUAUUGUAGAAAUUAUUUGUAAUAGCUGUAAAGCAAUUAUUUGACUAGAGGGAUGUCCUCUGGACAUGAUAGAUUUUAUUAGUGUUUUCAGAGAAUAUUUUGGCGACACCAUGAACAGUUUUGAUCAGUGCGCCUAUUAUUCUGCCUCACUACAGAUGGUGCCAGCUAAAAUGAUGUCUGUGUGCAUUUUGUCUCUGUACUAGAGUUUAUGAGGUGUUAUGUUUCAAUGUCUUUAUAUGUGUUGAUGUUUCGAGUAUUGUCUAUGUCUCUGAGUGUAAUAAUUUAUUGAUAUUAUUGGGUUUGUUAGUAAAUGCAGGUCGGAUUCAUAUUUGGUGUGUCUGUAAUUUAUUUAGAAGGUUUUGUGUAAUGCAUAACCAAGAGUAAUUUAAGGUUCCAGUCAGUUAGAAGACUUUUGGAUUGUUGGCAUGUGAAGAAGUUGAAAAAUUUCCUUAUAAGAUGUUUCUGACAUAAUAUUUUACUUUACUUUUCUAUUCAAACAUUCCUCCUUGUGUGCUAUUAUGGAUUUUAAAGAAAAGCAUACAAUUUAGAAAGCAAAUAAACUUUACUACAAUGUACAUGUAUAGAAGCAAGUUCUUCUUGUGGAGUUGGUCAUGUGCGAGAAAAAUAUAUAAAAGGUAUGAGAAAAAUAGUGGUCAUUUUGCAGGCUCCAAAAUAUUAUAUGUAGACCCCAUUUGUGUUUUGGGGGUCCUUAAAAGUAUUGAAGGGGGCAAGGUUUUUAGUUCCUGUUUUCUUUGUUGGCCAAAGUAAUCCAUCCAUGAAUUUAUUGAUUGUUCUGCUCAAAGAAAUCCAACUUUUUCUAUGCAAAUGAAUCAUUGUACAUGUAUCUGUUGAUGUACGGUAAGCUUGUGUGUGUGGUACAGUAUACUUGUCUUUAAUUGAUGGUGACUGAAACCUCGAUAGAUGAAUUAAAAACCAGCUAGUGAUGACAAAGACAUGAUUGCUGUUUAAGUGAGUAGUUUAAGUCAACUUGGCUUCCUGUGUAAAGGCAGUACUGGUAAAGUCUGAUAGCAAAGCCUGUUAAUUUCCUCAUGGGGAAAUAACAUCUACAAUCAUUGUAUAUUUCACAUCAUCUUCUUUUGGGAAAUAUUGCCCAGGCGUUCUAUCUGUUGCUAUGUCUGUUAAUGUUUGUUUGAAUUCUUUUCUGUUGUAAGGGGCUCAAGUAUGAUAUUUACAUAGAGCAUUGUUUUGGUCCAAGUUGAAAGGGGAAGUCCUUCUUGAUACAAACAAGGGAUGACAAUUCUUAUUUGGUUCAUAUAUCAUCACCCAAUUAAAAAUCGUUUUAGAACUGCUUUACUUUCUCAGAGAACUGUGCUUUGCUUUUCCUACAAUAUUAUAUGUAUGUGGGUGAUAAAAAUUCAAAAGUUAGUAACGUAACAAAAAUGAUAUGAUGCAUCGUAUUUUGGUGCCAGGAUAAGGUUGAGGUAUAUUUUUCUGUUUUUACUUGUCUGUAGUUAAUCUUCAAGAUAUUGUAUAAUUGUGUCACCUUCAAAUUUUAUACAAAAAAUACUGAAAGAUUUCUGCGAACUUUUUUAUACAACUUUUCUAAAAAAAACGUUGCAUGUGAGACAAAUAUUUGAUUUUUAUAGUGUUGAUAAAGUCCUUAUUCAAAUGUUUCCUUUGAAGUUCGUGGUUCGGAAUAGACUUGUCUAACUGAUGCUAAAAUACCGCUACAGUACCACACUAAAUGAUAAAUCUAUGGCAUACCCUGUCCCAGUGUAAACACAGCAUGUUUCCCUCUUAACUUUUCUGUGUUUGUCACAGAGGUAAUAUUGAGUGCGACCAAAAACAUUACAAAUAAGUUGUGCCAAAAGCAUAUUACUUCUAAAGAGGCCUUCUUACGGAAUGAGUAUGCAGAGAGGGAUUAAUUCUGCCAAUCAGAUGUAAUCCUUUGAUUGGAAUUACUAAUGAAAUAGCUUUUGGUAGGUUAUGAGCUUCAUCAGUAAUUUGACCAGAAUCUGCCCAAUUCUUUCUUGCGUGUCAGAUUUCAGAUGAAUAUGUCUUUAAAAAGUUCAUUUUGAAAAAGUAAUGGUAAAAGGCCACCAUCCCUUGGUAUUUUUCAUGUCUUGUUUGCAUGUUUUGGGAUUUCUUUAUGUGUUCUGGGGAAAAGUUUGUUACCCGUCUGCAAGGAGAGCUUUACAAUAAGUCUAUAGCUAUUUGUGAUAAGUUUUGAUGGUAGCAUACUUUACAGGAGUUCUUGUUUAACCCUUUUUGCAUCAAAAUUGAAAAAGGAAAUUUUUUGAAACAGUGGAACAAAAUCAAACAAUAUCUUUGUUGCAAGCUAUAAAUAAGAGAAUUUAUGGUAGAUUUAAAAAACAACAAACAUGGUGGUUCCCAUGAUUGGUUGCAACUCGGGCAAUUGACAUACUGAUGCAGUAUUCAACAUCGCUUAAUGCUCAAUUGUUUUCUUUAACACUGUGGAAAAGGGUUAAACAUGACUACCAAGUGUCCAACGUGUUAAGAAACUUCAAGGUUAUCUGUGGAAUAAUUGUGGCUUCAAAAUCCUGUGAAGCAUCUGCGUAUAUCAGAAGUGUCUUUUCCUUUCCCAAUGGUUGAACUUUUAGCUUCACCUUUUCAUUUCUAAAAUGUCCAACAUAUCUGAACAAUACAUCCUUCUCCGUUCCAAUCAAUAACUCCUUUCUAAUACUACCUAUCUCUAGUUUCUCGUAAAGUCUUUGAUUCAAGGUAUUAAUGAGAGGGUAGAAUAUUGCUUGAAUUCCUCCAUCACAGAUAACCUUGAAAGUUUAAAUUAAUAAAGUAGGCUUUAUAUGGAAAAUAAUAUUUAUUUAGGUGUGUCCAUGAGCUGAAUGUUUUGUCUCGUUUCUGUCACAAUUUGUUUAGUUUUGUAUUAUUUGCAAAGACUGUUUGUUAAUCCCUGGCCAGUAAUAGCUUUUCGUACCAGACAAAAGCUGAAGUCGAAUUCAUACACCUUCUCCUGACUGAUGUGGAUGUAACGGCAACCAUAAUGGAAAAACCUUAUGUUAUCACUAAAAAACAUGAUUGCACACUCGAACCUCCCUUAGCGGACACCUCUCUAUUAAGGACACCCUCUCUAUUAAGAACUUGGUCCCAAAUUAAUUGUUUCCAUUGAAUUUUACCUCUCUAAUCACAAAACUUCUCUAUAAAGCACUUGUCAGUCCCGAGAGUCUCCUUAAUAGAGAGGUUCUACCGUAGUUUAUCUUUUUCAGAUGAUUGUAUCUGGUACAAACCAGCGUGAAACUUCAUUGUCUAGUAACCAUACAACAGUGUUAUUUUUUCUGAAAGAAAGUAGACAUUAUCAUGAUAUCUUUAGUGAUACCUUCAUCCCUGUCUGCUGCCACUCCUACUUUGUGGUGGUAACGAAAGUCCUGCAUUGAAAAGUCAUUUCGGUGUCUGGAGUAUGAUUUCAGCUUAGUAUUGUGUCUUACCACCUAUCCGCCAUUUGACUUCAUACAAACAAGUUUCUGAUUUCUGAUCACAUGUACCAAUCUGUAAGGUCACCUGAAGAGAAAUACAGUGAAGCCUUGUACAAAAAAAUUCAAACAAAAAAAUGGCAACUCUAUUAAACAGGUCAAAAUGUUCCUAAUUAUUAGAGUUACUAACUAUGGUCCCCCUACUUCAAAAGAGCUCAGCUGCACUUCUUUCUUGAUAGAUCAUAUCCUUUCAUUUAACUGGGUUGAUUAUUGAAAUGUUGACAUUUACUUCUUCACAAUAUCACCAACUUCUUGCCACAGCCAAAGCUGGUGAAGGAAUUAUAAAUGACAACUGUGAAAAAAAUUCCUUGAAGCAAUCAUUUUUUUGGGAUGCUUUUCCCCCGGACUCAGUUGGUAGCAAAUGUCAGCACUUGAUGAUCUUGUCCCGUCUUGUUUCUUGGCAUUGUGUUUCCUAAAGCUGUCUUAAGGUGGCGCUGUGAUAAAUGGCCAAGAUGUGCUUUAACUGUGUCAAGAUACUUUGUACAAGUGAAGAAAAACAAUGGAAAUCAUGAUGUUAACAUCAGAUUUGUUAAAAUAAAUAUAUUUGUGAAAAACUGAUGCGAAACAUAGA